AUGUCGGGCUGCCAAAGUAGCGUUUAUUCGCAAGGUUUCAACUUUGAAAGUUUUCUCCAGAAAGGCGUGGAUCCUCGUACAGGACAAUAUACCUGCACCGUCAACAUCUAUGAUACUCCCACGCACGCUCGUAAUGUUGCGACCUUUGCCCUCUCCAUCUCUUUUAAUCCACUCAACACCCAGGAUGUUGGCUUGGGCAUUGGAUGGGCUUUCAAUCUGUCCUCCUACGAUCACCGCGACCGCAAGACUCUCUCACUGUCGACGGGAGAAUGUUACCAAGCCACCGAGACCACUACUGGGUUACUACAGAUCAAGGAUCAGAAGCUAAAAAGCUUUGUUGCGACAAAAUUAGGAUCCGACUAUCAAAUAGCGUAUAAGUCGGGACAAAGUGAGGUUCUCUCCAAUGCAAACAACGCCUACAACCUAUCUGUUCCAAUAACCAUCACCGCAGCAAACGGUCGGGCCUUGGAUCUUGUCUGGGUUCGAAAUGGAGACCAGCCUCGCCUGAGCAAGCUCCAAGACAACGGCGAAGACCUGGUGGCCAUUGAAUAUUCCAGUGCCCAGGUUACCAUCACACGAGCACCCAACACCUCCGAUGAGAGCACAUUCACCCUCGUUCGGAGAAAUGAUCAAUUAAGUAGCAUCCAACUCCCGACAGACACUGAUGGCACAACUGCUGCGUGGCAAUUUAUCUACGAGCCUUUUAGCAACGGCUUCCUAGCCUUGAACCAAGUCACAAGCCCUACAGGUUUGAUCGAGCAAAUGGAAUAUCAACCAGAGGGUCAUCGCCUCCCUAAAGGAGCUCCGUAUUCCACUAUACCCUACGUGAUCUCUUAUGUGGUGCGCCCCGGCCGGCAGCAACCCGCCAUCAUCAACAAAUAUAGCUAUUCGGCACGCAACUUCUUGGGUUAUGAUGGAACCCAAGACUGGAGCCAGGAGGGCGAUACCCUCUAUCUUGCGCCGGCUGAGUAUGAGUACACCUCGACAGUACAAGCAGAUGGAGGUGCAACCACCAUUUACCAUUACAACAAAUUCCAUCUGACGACACAAAUUGUGAGGCAGCAGAAUACAAAGACAAUAAUGCAGACCAUCACGUACUAUGCCGCCCUAAACACAGAGUUUGAUCUGCAGCCUCCCCAGUACCAGUUGCCCAAGAGUGUGGUCAUCACGUACGCGGACAAAGCCUCAGCGGCCAGCCGGACAGAGACGACGACAACCGAGUUCGACGACUGGGGCAAUCCUAUACACGAGAUCAAGCCGGACGGGCUGAGCGUAACGCGCACAUACUAUCCCCCUGAUGGACAAGGGGACGACUGCCCGGCCGACCAGCAAGGGUUUCAACGCCAUCUCAAGACCGAGACGGUAACACCAGCUGCAAGUGACUUCACAGCACCCACUCGCGUGGAGCAAUUUACCUAUCUGUCGCUGGCAACGGCCCAGGAGGCCCCUGUGAACGACUUGGUUCUUAUCAAACAACGCACCACUGCGGUGGAGGUGGCGGCUACCACGCUGAGCACGGCGCAAUAUACCUAUGUUGAUGAGCCCAAGACGCGGGACCAUGGGCGUGUACAGCAGUUAAAGACCUGGGUCUCUACGGAAGAGACUGCCACUACACAAACUUGGGCCUACGCAUAUGUCGCCGCCAAAGGCGUCUUCCAAACGACUCUGACCACUACCAGUUAUGAUAACAUCACCGCCAUCGACGAAAGCGAGCAUCUCCUGUCGUCAGGGUUGUUAGUGGGACAGAUUGAUUACGCCGGGGUGCAAGAUGCCUUCCAGUACGACAAGCUCGGCCGGUGCGUCCGGGCCACAACCGCCGUAGGGACGCCGCAGGAAGCGGCCCGCUGCAUCAACUAUGCCAUCAAUGGGGACGACACGGGAUAUCAGGUCACCCUGACAGAUGCGAAAGGCGUACAGACUCAAUAUCUCACCGACGGGCUGGAGCGGGUUUGCCAAGUGCGGCGACAGGAUGACGAUGGCGACUGGGAUGCCACGGGCAACGUCUACUCGGGAACCUUGCGGGCCGUGAGAGAGUAUUCGUACAACGCACAGGGCCAGACGAGCGAGAUGGUUGACAUAGACUGGCUGCGCGCAUCAAGCGAGAAUGCGCCGCCAGCCGAGCAACGCAGCAGCAAGCAGAUGGAAUACGAUGACUGGGGACAGAUCUGUAAGACCACUGACGCCGGCACUGGGGUAGUCAGCCUCUCGGUGACAGACCAGAUUGCCCUGACCCGGACCGUAGGGAUACAGGGGGAGGGCCAGACCCGGACGACACUCAGCCUGUCCGGGGUGCCGACGCAGAUCGAGCUUCUGUUUAAAGACGGGACACCAUACAGCCAAGUCAAGUAUCGCUACGAUGGCCUGGGGCGCCUGGCGGAGGAAGAAGAUGCCUCUGGGAACAAGACUGUGUAUGAAUCUGACGCCUUGGACCGGGUCUGCAACAUGACCUGGCCUAACGGCCGAGUCGUGGAGGUCCAGUAUGCAACCCAAAGCGCCGCAGCUUUGCCAACAUCCGUCCGGCUCAACGGGUUCACUGUCGGCGAGCAGACCUUUGACGGGCUGGAUCGUCUGGUGCAGAAAAGCGAGGGCGGGCGUACGAUGAGGCAAGCCUAUCAAAGCAGCAGUCCUGACCCGGUGCAGAUCACGACGCAGAAUAGCGAUGGCUUUGCUCUUCAAUACGAACCAGGUUUACCCCAUCUACUCGCCAAAUCGGUUGGCACAGAUGGAGAGGAUGAUUACAGCUACGACCCCAGCACUGGAGUGCCGCUCCAGCUUAAAAGCCCAACCUGCAGCCUGGAUCGUCGGUGCUUCCCCUCAGGUCUCUUAAAGGCAGAGGAGACUAGCAUCAGUCCCGAUGUCUCGUUUGUCUCCCAAGCAACGUACUCAAUGAAGGGCAAGCUGCAGACUUAUAAAGAUGUCAACGCACAGGAAUACUGCCACGAGUACGAUGCCGCGGGUCGAUUAAGCACGCUCACCCUGGGAACGGUUCAACUGUCCUACUCCUAUGGUCCAGGGAGCCGCGUGACCGGUACGGUAGUUACCGAUACCGAGCACAACACCAGCUUGGCCACGGCCCUCACCUACGAUGAUUUCGGUCGUGAGGUGGAGCGCGUUGUGAGCCAAGGCGACCAGCCGCUGUUCCGGCUGACCCAGUCCUACGGCAGGACUGGCCUUGUUAUUACGCGUGAUCUAGAGGAUGAGAAUGGAACAACUGUCCUACACGAAAGCUUCGAAUACGAUGUCCACAGCCGAUCCGUGGCUACCACCUUCAGUGACGGCACGCAAGAUACAGCAACAUAUGCAUAUAACAAUGAUGACGAUUGCACUCAAGUGACCCAAAUAAACCACACUCUCCCCCCGUCCCAAAUCGUCCUGGCAUACAACGCCAACGGCUGCCUGACACAGGACGAAAAGGGCCAGACCCUCGUCUAUGAUAGUGCCAGCCGCCUAAAGAGUGUCCACAACAGCAACGGAAAAACCAUCAGUCAAUACGACUACGAUGCGGCCGGGCGGCUGAUCCGUCAGUCCAUCCCCGACCAGCCUGACACCUACCUCUUCUACCGGGAAGACCGACUCAUUGGCACGCAGGCUGGUGACACGCAAACGAGUUACCUGGCUGACAGCAUGGGCUAUUGGGGCCAGAUCUCGAGAUCAAAUAACACGACGCAGGUGCAGCUUUGGGCGGUCGACGGCCAUGGCUCGGUUCUCAGCUGCAUGAAGCCCAAUCAGUCCAACGAAAUCCAUCAGCAAGCCUACACCCCCUACGGAUAUUCCCCGCUAGACGCCGACGACGCCUCCAUCGCCUUCAACGGCCAGCGGCGCGACCCCGUUACCGGAUGGUACCACCUGGGCAACGGCUACAGAGUGUAUAACCCGGUGCUGAGGCGCUUUCACGUCCCGGACCCUGGUAGCCCCUUUUCCACCGGCGAGAUCAACCCCUAUGCCUACUGCGCGGGAGAUCCAAUCAACCGUAUCGACCCAAGCGGCCAAUUCAGCUUCUUUGGCCUCGAGUUCGACUGGGGAGAUCUAGUGAGAGCCAUCGUGGGCCUCGUCGUCAGUGUCAUUGUGGGCGUCCUAACCGCCGGCGCCGGCGCCGCGAUCGAAGUUGGCGUAGGCAUUAUCGCAGACGUUGCCGCAAACGCUGCUACCAGUCCCUUGGUCGAUCUUGCGGCAGGACGCAAGCCAACCUGGAAGUCCGUUGCCAUCUCCGCGCUUAACGGAUUGGUCGAUGGUGCCCUGGGUGAGGUCGGCGGGCGCCUUCUGAGCGCAGGAUUCAAGGCCGUGAGCCAGUUCAAGACACUGAUAGGACAUGCCGGAUCGUACACUGUCAACGCCACCGUCGACCAUUCCUUGGGAGCGACCUUUAGGCACGCCGUCAAGGAUGCUUUGCCCAGUGAAUUGUCUAGUCACAUUGCCGAGGGUUUAUUUGAGAUUGAUCCGUUCCCCAGGUCCGACAGUAAAUCUCCAUCUCUUUCCGCUAACCACCACUACCACCACCAGCUCAACGUAUCUGCCAAGCAGCAACACUCCGUCCUUGGCCGAGAGGCGUCCCUAGCCAGAGACCAAAUUCGUCUGACGCUGCGACAUGGUCAGUCGACACUCUCUAGGGGUCAUCGCUUUGGGCAGUCCAGGCCAGCCAAGGGGUUGCGGUUUGGCUCGGGGGACAACGGCCGGGCUGUUAUCCCGCAGUCAGUUGCAGUAAUUCUAAACAGGCCGCUACAAUGCACAUUCGGGCCAGUGGGCUCUUCUCAGGGGAAGCGACAAACAACAGGCAGCGGGGCGUUGGAAGCGCUGGAAAAGAAACGUCAGAUGGAUAAUGCCCUGCGGAAUUUGAUUCGGCAGCCAGCUAUCGGUAACUUCUAA